AUGGCCACGUACAACCUGAGUAGCUAUAACACAGGACCCUUCACACUUCUGGGUAUCCCUGGACUUGAGCAGUACCAUGCCUGGAUCAGCAUCCCCUUUGGUUUGAUCUAUCUUGUGGCAGUUGUGGGCAAUAGUGUCCUUCUUUACCUUAUUGCAGUGGAGCAUAGUCUUCAUGCACCUAUGUUCUUUUUUCUUUCCAUGUUGGCUGUUACUGACCUCAUAUUGUCUACCACAUGUGUACCCAAAGCCCUUAGCAUAUUCUGGUUUGGACCCCAGAAAAUCACCUUUCCUGGCUGUCUCACCCAGUUAUUCUUUUUGCACUACAGCUUUGUCCUGGACUCAGCCAUACUGCUGGCCAUGGCGUUUGACCGCUAUGUGGCCAUUUGUUCACCCUUGAGAUAUACUACUAUUUUAACUCCCAAAACUAUUGUCAAACUUGCUGUGGGAAUCUCUUUCCGAAGUUUCUGUGUUUUCGUCCCAUGUGUUUUUCUUGUGAACCGUCUGCCUUUCUGCAGUACCCAUGUUAUACCCCACACGUACUGUGAGCACAUAGGUGUCGCCCGGCUUGCCUGUGCUGAUAUCUCCCUCAAUAUCUGGUAUGGUUUUUGUGUUCCCAUCAUGACAGUGAUAACUGAUGUAAUUCUAAUUGCUAUCUCCUACACUCUCAUCCUCUGUGCUGUCUUUCGCCUCCCCUCCCAAGAAGCUCGCCAAAAAGCCCUCGGCACCUGUGGGUCCCAUGUCUGUGUCAUCCUCAUGUUUUAUAUACCAGCGUUCUUCUCCAUUCUUGCCCAUCGCUUUGGGCACAAUGUCCCUCGCACCUUUCACAUUAUGUUUGCCAACCUCUAUGUGAUCAUCCCACCUGCACUCAACCCUAUUGUCUAUGGUGUGAAGACCAAGCAGAUCCGAAGCAAAGUCAUUCUUCUGCUCUUUCCAAAGCAAUUCCAAUGAUUAUACCUU